GUUUCUCUCUGCAUUGUGUGCGCGUCUAGCCGUCCACAAAUAGACGCCGGACUGAACAGCAAACCCCCAUUUUAUUGAGAUCUUCCCUCUUUGUUUAGGGUGAUUUGGUUCUUUGGUGCCUCUGCUUGCUUGCUAGCUGCUGGACCAUGUCGAGCUCUCCAGAGCUCUCAGACCCCGAGAAGGGCGUCGAGCCCGUGAAGGCUGAGAGCAAGAGUGACCGACGGCAUUCCUUCACAGGUCGCAAGUCAUCGGUUGCAGCGUCGAUUGUUGCAGCGGAUCUUUUGGACGAAAGAUAUGCCACCACUCAGCGUGGUCUCAAGAGCAGACAUGCUCAAAUGAUUGCCCUCGGUGGAACGAUUGGUACUGGUCUUUUCGUUGGAUCUGGAUCUGUGCUCGCCAAAGGUGGACCAGCGUUCAUUCUCGCUGCGUACUGCAUCAACACUGUACUAGUGUAUUGCGUCGUCACCGCCCUGAUUGAGGUUGCAACAUAUCUGCCUAUUCAUGGUGGUACCAUGUCGUACUACGGCUACCGCUACGUUUCUCGAUCUACGGGUUUCGCUCUCGGAUACCUUUACUGGUACGCCCUAGGGAUCCUCGUGCCCUACGAAAUCACUGCUGCUGGCUUGGUCAUCAACUAUUGGCCCAAUGAUGUUCACAUCGCUGUGUGGAUGACCAUCAUGAGUGUUGUCAUCAUCGCGCUCAACUACAUGCCUGUGAAAUACUACGGCGAAACCGAGUUUUGGUUCGCUGGAACAAAGGUCAUUCUGAUGAUUGGUCUUUUGCUUCUAUCCUUCAUCCUCUUCUGGGGCGGUGGCCCAAGCAGAGAUCGUCUGGGGUUCCGGUACUGGCGCGACCCUGGCGCAGCAAAUCCAUACAUCAAGACCGGAGAUGCAGGCUACACCAUCUCGUUCUUCUCCACGCUGGUCUCGUCUGUGUUCCCCUUCACCUUUGCACCAGAACUUCUCGUGGUCACCGGUGGAGAAAUGGAAUCGCCACGACGAAACCUGCCCGUUGCAGGAAAACGCUACUUUUACCGUCUCAUAAUCUUCUACAUCUUUGGAGUUUUGGCCAUCGGCGUUACUUGCCCCAGUAACGAUUCAAGACUGACUGACGGCGGUGCGGGUGCAGGCUCGUCCGCGUUCGUUGUGGCCAUUGCUGAUGCUGGAAUCUCAACUCUCCCUUCAAUUGUCAACGCUGUCAUCUUGAUAUCCGCCUGGUCCUCUGGAAAUUCGUUCCUGUACAUCUCCAGCCGUGCUCUGUACAGUUUGGCGGUCCAGGGCUCCGCUCCUCGCAUCUUCAAAACCUGCAAUAAAUGGGGUGUUCCGUGGGUCGCAGUCACAGCCUCCUCUCUCUUUUGCGGCCUGACCUACCUGAAUGUAGCAUCAAGUGGUGCUACAGUUUUCAACUGGCUUGUAAAUCUGACAAAUACAGCUGGUAUGACUUCCUGGGUGGUGUGUAUGAUCGUCUACCUUCGAUUCAGAAAAGCCAUGGGCGCUCAAGGGGUCGAAAGACCAUACCGAAGUUGGGUUCAACCUUACGGCGCAUAUAUUGCCAUGGUUGCCUUUACUCUCCUGUGUCUGAUUAACGGAUUCACCGUCUUCUUCCCCGGGCGUUUCUCCGCCUCAAAUUUCCUUACUGCAUACAUCGGGAUCCCCAUUUUCCUCGGCCUGUAUUUUGGCCACCGACUCGUUUUCUGGAAGGACAAGUGGGCAUGGGAUCCUGAAGAGGUCGAUCUCCAGACUGGUUUACAAGAGAUUAUCAAUGCAGAACGCCCUGCCAAGAAGAGAAAGGGUCUGGGGAAGAUUUGUCUCAUUGUCGAGUAGAUGAAUGUCGAAAUUUCCGUGAAGUAUUCAAUGAUACACACUCUCUCUACGUCCAAUAUGGCAAUUCAAACUGUGUGAUUCGUAUCAUGGAACAUGAAAGGCCUCAAGUCACAAAUGGGAAGAUCCAGGAUGCAUGACCCAACCCUAGCCCCGAUUGUUGGCUUGCAUAUUCUUGGUUUCAGUCUUCAGGUACUCCAGAUCGCGAUCUUCAUGAAAUCUGGAGAUGAAAUAAAAAAAACGGAAAAGUGGUGCAUUGGCCUUGACGACCCCUUUCAAGAUACUUUCGUAUAGUAUUCAUUUGCUAUUUCAAGC